AUGAAGCGAUCUUCAACCAGUACCCCAGCAAGUACUUUUGCAGCUGCAAACUCUGAACUUGUGUACCUUCAAGAUGAAGUUGAUUGCAUGAAAGAGCAGUUGGGUGUUAUUCCAGCAUUUCAGUCAGCAGCCGAGCAGCUCAUUAAAACCUCUGGACUCUCUGCAGUUGACUUUAUUUCAAAGGCCCUUGCCAAAGCAUCUGUAUGCACCGACAACUUUCCCAAUUUUCACUUUACGUGUCCGUAUUUCAUUGAUCUUACUGAAACUACUGGGUUGAUGCAGGGGUUUGUGUUUGGCAUUUUGAGGAGAUUCUCGCCCGACAAUCAGGUUGAAGCUACGAAAGGUCUAAGUCUUACAGCAGAUGGGAGGGGUGCAGUGUUUGACGUGCCUACUGCAUAUCUAGAUGCAUAUCUUGCUGGUCAGGAAAAUGCAACAAAUGUGAGUAUUGAAGUUCUGAAAGAAUUUCCCAAGUUGCAAGAGAAGGAAGGCAACAACAAUAGAUUUAGAGUUGGUGGCGUGGCGCUGGCAUCAACUUGUGUACCUGCUAAAUUUCCUGGUAAGUACUUCACUUGUAUACUUGCUAGAUUCCCUUGUAUACUUACAGUUAGAGAGCAUACUCUUAUGCAGUUGUGUUAUUUGAAUGAUGCUCUUUUGAUCAGAAAGGCUGGAGAACAAAGCAGUCAUAAGGUUCCUUAG